CGCGGGACUUGCUGCAGCUAGAGCAGUUGGGAGGGUCCUGAACAUGGCGGACCUCAGCAGUCCCGACGGCGAUCCCACCGUACGUACGCUCUUGCGGCGCGUGCUGGACACAGCGGAUUCGCGCACUCCGAGGCGACGCCGGAGCACUCAGACCAAUGUACAAAGAAGACUGUCUCAAACACCGUACUCUAAUAGGCAGGGUAGCCAAACAAAGACAAGUGCCAGAAAGCAUUCCCAUGGAGCUAGGUCAGUUGCCAGAUCGGCUCGUGUUCAAGAUCGUGGCCACCUGGAGAAACAGACACCCCGGACUCUGCUGAAGAAUAUCUUACUAACUGCCCCAGAAUCUUCCACUGUGAUGCCAGACCCAGGGGUGAAGCCAGCACAAGUACCAGAAGUGGCCCGGUCCUCCAGACGGAAAAGCAGUCGGGGAAGCCUGGAGCUACACCUUCCUGAACUGGAGCCCCCCUCCACCCUGGCUCCAGGUCUAAUAGCCCCUGGCAAGAGGAAGCAAAAGCUGAGAUUGUCUGUAUUUCUGCAGGAAGUGAACCAGGGGUCACCUCUCUCCCAAGAGCCAUGUGGGAAUGCUGAUGUUUCAACUUUGGCCAGCUCCUUCAGCUUCAGCUUUGUCACCCCUGGUCAGCCACAGACAGUGGAGAGACCUGGUCUGGCUCGCAGGCGUCCCAUACGCCGCCGACUUGGGAAUGUCGGUACACUUUUGCAGGAUCUGGAAGACGUUCCCUUAGCGUCUGCUCUUGCAGGUGACAGUCCUAGAGCGCCUGUUGCUGCUCUGCCAAUGGAUGUAGUCUUGGAAGACACACAGCCUUUCUCACAGCCCUUGGCUGGCUCUUCCCUUCCUGUGAAUCACUCUCUGCCCAACCCUUCUCACCCUGGGGUUGAAGAUGCUGAAAGAGUUGUAGGCCCCGGGACACCAAGCACUGGGACCAGGUUGCAGAAGCAGAUGCGCAGAACUGGCUUUGGUGCCUCUCCUUUACCCUUGGAGCCACAGCCUCAGCCUCCAGGACUAAGAGAAGCAGUGGGAUCCAAUGAGGCUGUGGAGCCCGUGGAUCAAGAAGGAUCUUUAGGAGAUGAGGAAACUUCUGGUAGGCCAGCAAGUCAAGAAUUAUCCUCCAGCACCCAUGACUUACUCCCAGCUGCACAGCCACAUGAGUUAUGUGAGCCACCCCCAUCACCUCCAGUUGCAGUCCUAUCUUCAGAGCCACUGGAGUCUAUGAGAGCCAAGCCUCCAUCCAGGACCCGAACUGCAGGUCCUAGGCACCGCCAAGGCCCCUACAAGACUGGGCUGAGCCACUAUAUGAAGCUCUUCAGCUUCUAUACAAAGAUGCCAGUGGAGAAGGCGGCUCUUGAGAUAGUAGAGAAGUGCCUAGACAAGUACUUCCAGCAUCUUUGCAAUGACCUGGAGGUGUUUGCUGCUCAUGCUGGCCGUAAGACUGUGAAGCCAAAGGACUUAGAGCUGCUGAUGCGACGGCAGGGACUAGUCACUGAUCAAGUCCCGAUGCAUGUGCUUGUGGAGCGGUACCUGCCCUUGGAGUACCGGCAACAACUUGUCCCCUGUGCAUUCAGUGGCAAUUAUGUCUUCCCUGCACAGUAGGACCAGGCUUUACCUAGCACCUACUCUCCCUACAUUGGGCAUCUUGAACACAGUCACCAAGGUCCCCUCAUCUCCUAGCACCAGUGAGUUGUUCUGAUUUGUGUCUUAGGGCCUGCCCAGAUUGCCUCCCCAGCCUGAAAAAUAGUAUGAUUUAAUUAAAGAAUUUUAUACUAGAAGAA